UUAGUUACGGCGGUGCCUUGUGGGAUAUUGGAGGCCUUGCCUCUCGGCAGGAAGGAAAGCGAAGCGCCGGGGGCGACACCGGUGCGGUAGGGCUGUCAUGGCGACUAAUAUCGAGCAGAUAUUUCGGUCCUUUGUGGUUAGCAAAUUCCGGGAGAUCCAGGAAGAGCAGCAGCAGCAGCAGCACGGCGGUGGAAAGGUAGAAGGCCAACCCAAUGGUGACACAAUCCCAAGUGAGCAAGCCAACCCUUCAGAUGACACUGGUGCUGGGAGUCGUCAGAAUGAUCAGAUAGUGCAGAAAAUAGAGGAAGUGCUCUCUGGAGCCCUUGAUACAGAGCUUCAGUGCAAAUCAGAUGUAGACAAAAAUACUGUGAAAAAUAGUGCUCAGUCUACAAAAAGAAGCUCUACUGCUGAAGAUGAAAUUCCUAAGAAAAAAUCAAAGAAAAACAAGAAACAUAAAAGCAAGAAGAAGAAGAAAAAGAAGAAGAAAAGGAAGAAAGAGAAAAAGCACAAAAAGCAGCCAAAGGAGUCAAAGUUGAGUACACAUCAUGGAGACCAGACAGGCUUGCAGCCUGCUUCUCAGUUGAUACCAGAGAAAUCAAGCUCGCAGCUCACUGUACAGCAUGGAGGAUUUGGAGAUGCAAAUUUGUCUGUCCACUUGCAGCCAGAAGAACUGUGCUUAAAAGCAAAUGAAGAGCUUGACAGACAAGCUUUGGGACUUGUUUCUCAUUCAGGAACUGAUUCUCAGCAGUCUGUGGAAAACCUUGGAAAUGAGAAGGGGACUUUGUGUGAAACAAAUCCUCCGUUUAGAUUAGAAAGCAGUCAAUCUGAUAUGCAAGAAAAUGCUAGUAUAACUCUUUGCACUAGAGAAGAACAAAUUAAACAGACCCAUGAAAAUAUUUGUUCUGUAGCUAUUAAUGCAAGUGAGAAGAGUAUUCUCAUUACAGGAAAUGAUACUUCAUCUAGCAUCCUAUCUGGAGUUGCCAAUGAAUCUGAAAUGCGGAAAGAUUCAGCAGAAACUCUGGCUUCAGAGGUAUCAGAAGUACUAAAAGGUUCAGAAGUUAUGCUGAAAUGUGAAGACACUAGGGGAGUAAAAGCUUUGUAUACAACUCUUGAGUCUGAGACCAUGGAAGUGUUGAAGUACUCAGAAACAUCUCUACAAUCUGUGGCACAGUGGGGAGCACAACAGUUGGAAGCAACUUCAGAGUCUGCUUCUUUGGCAAGUGAUGUGACAACAAUUCCUAAAUCUGCAGAUAUGAAUACUGUGAAGGUAGCUCAUGUGGCUGUGACUAUGGAAGAACUGAAAAUUCCAGAAGCAACUGAAAAAUCCCUGCAUAUGGGGAGUGUGAGAGUUUUGGAAGAAGCUCUGCAGCCAGUUGCUGUAUUAAAGCCCCAAACUUCACAAGAAAUCGUAGAACCUCUAUCUGUUACAACAGAAGAUGUCACAGCAGUUCAAGAAUGUCUGCAAGUUGAAGGAGUCAAAGAUGUGGAACAUGUCACCGAUCCUGCAUCAGUGCUGAAUGCAUCAGAAGUGCUGCUACAACCAAAAGUCUUUACAGAUACAGGAAGUGUGGAUAGAACUCAGGAAUCUGCACUUCCAGCAGAAUUGACAGAUGUGAAUGUGAUUACAGGAGCAGAACAUUUACGAGCAACAUUAGAACCUGUAGCAGUUAUGCAGACUUUAAUUCCCGAAACAACUCCAGAAAUUCAGAUGGCAAAGUAUUUUAGAAGUCCACAAGCAACUACAGCUGUUGCACCACUAGCAGAAGUAAGAGGUCAAGAAAUAAGUGAAGCUACUCUGCAACUGGAAAAUACUAAUGCUUCAGAAAUUUCAAAUGUGAGAGAUUUGAAAGCAACUACCUUGUCUUUGCAGAAAGAAGAUGUGAGAGAAGAUAUGGCAGGAGUAGAAACAGAUUUGGACACCAGUGUCUUAGCUGUGAAAGUAGGGUCUGUGAAAGCAGUGAAAAAUUUGGAAACGGCUAUAGGACCUGUAGCUGAGACAGAAAGAAAAGAUUCAGAAGCAGGUGGGGACAGAGCUGGAAUAGAGACUAAGGCAUCUUCAUCAUACCUACACAUGAAAGAUGUGAGAAGUUCAGGUGAUGCAGUAUCUGUAGGUAUUGCAAAGGUACAAGCUUUGGAAGCAGUCUUGCAGCCUGGGGCCCUGGCUAUGGCAACGGGCUUAGGAGAAAAUGUGUGUUCUGAAGCCCAAAUUGGUAGCAAAGUCUUGGAAGCAAGUCCAGGACUUUCUGCCUUAGAGGAAAAGUCAGGAAGGACUCCUGAAUCUCUCGCUCUAGGUGUAAGUAUGGAACCAGUAGCAGAAAUGAUGCAUUUAAAAACCACAGCACAGAGAGACCCAAACCAUGCAGAAACAGGUGCAGAACCUCUUGGUGCAAGUAAAACGGAGAGUUUCAUCAUUUCGCAGUCUCAGGUUAUGACACAUACAAGAACCUCACAAGCUGAGGUGUUAGGGGAGAUAAAAGAUUCUGAACUAGCUACCAGUUCUGCCACUGCUCAAGUGAGAGGUUUAGGCAACUUGCUGAAUGUUGAGGAUGUUGCAGAGUUAAAAGAUGUGGAAAUGAGAUCAAAAACUUCACACUUAACACAGAUGGUCGUGGAAUCUGAGACAAAGACACUAAUGCAAGGCUUGGAAGGGAGAUUGGCAUCUGAAGCAAUACUAGAACCUGUAAAAUCUUUAGAAACAAGUUCAGGAUCUGCACAGGAACAAAUAGGAGGUUGUUUGGAAACAGAGUGUUUACCCAGAAUAGAGGAAAAAACUGUGGCAUUAGAAACAGUGGCAGAAAUUACAAACUUGAGAGCUGAUGAGGGAACUCAGGGACCUACUGUAGAAUAUAUAAUUGCGUCAAAGAGGACAAGCUCACAGAAAAAUGAGCCCUUUCUUACCGAUGCAAAAGAUUUGGAAGAAGCUUCAGAAACUGAGAAAGCAAUGGGAGCACAGUAUUUGGACCCAGUAUCAAAAGCUAGAGAAACUAGGUUGUUGGAAAGUAUGAAAGAAACUGCAACAGUAGAGGUGAAAGGUUUUGAAACCGCACAAGAGCCUGAGAUGCAGAUGGAUAUCCAAGGUUUGGAAACUUUGCAACAGUCUGGAAAUACGCAGGUGAUAAACGUAGGGGAUGCUUUGGAAGCUGUUCCAGAAUCUUUGCAAACUGAAAAGCAAGGAUAUCUGCAAGCUUUUCCAGAUGCAAAACCUGCUCCAGAAUGGAAGAGUACAGAAGAGGCUCCAGAAAUUUUUAGUGCUGCUGAAGUGAGAUCUUCUGAAACUGUUUCAAAACCAGAUUUGGAGGCAACACUGGAACAGGAAGUGGCAGCAGAUGCACAAUAUGCAGAAGAGAUGCUGGAUCAACAAAUGGAAGAUGUGAGAAUUCGAAGUCAGUCUCAGGAAUGCAAAAUACUGCUUGAGAAAGAAGAUACAGAGCAUAGUCAGGCAUCUGCAUCUUUAAUAGCAGAAACAGAUUCUAGUUUUUCACGUGCAGUAGAUGAAAAAGAUUCAUCAGGGACUUCUGAAUCUGAAAUAAUCAGAGACACAAACCAGCUGGAAGCAGCUUCAGCUCAUUUGGUAGAAACACAACAUUUAGAAACAGCUCCUCUUCCUGAGACUGCUGUAGAGCUCAAAGAUGCAGAGGCCCCUGUAACAGAUUUGGAAGCAGCACCAGUACCUGAGAUUGUUACAGAAGCAAUUCCAGUAUCUGAGACAGAAGAAAGCCAGAUGGAAAUCAUUCCACAGGCUAAGGCUAUCAAAGAGGCAACUCCAGAACAGGAGUCAGAGAAGAGAGAUUCAGAAACAUCUGAUGUGCAACCUGAUGUGGCAGCACGAAUGAAAGAGACUCUCAUGAGACUUGAGAAAGUUAUUGAAAAAAGUAGCCAUAGAGCCAGUGAUAAAAAACAUGAUGCAAAGAAACAAAAAAGGAGUCGCUCCAAGUCCCAGUCCAGGUCUAGAAAGCGAAAGAAAAAAUCAAGGUCACGUUCAACUUCCAGACGUUUGGCCUCUAAAAGAGCACGUUCUAGGAGUAGAAACUAUUCAGUUUCCAGGAAAAAGCGUUCCAAAUCUAGAUCCCCAUCUCUUGAGAAGAGUGAGAGAAGACUGUCGUCCCGGAGGUCCAGGCGUAGACGUUCCGUGUCAUCUGACCGCUACAGGUCUAAAUCCAGAUCAGCAGAAAAGAGAGGAAGCAGAUUGUCUUCUGGGAGGUCCAGACACAGACGUUCCAGGUCAUCCGACCACUACAGAUCUAAGUCCAGAUCAGUGGAAAAGAGACUGUCCUCCCGAAGGUCCAGACGUAGACGUUCUAGGUCUUCUGACCGAUACAGAUCCAAAUCCAGGUCAGUGGAAAAGAGACUGUCUUCUCGGAGGUCCGGCCGCAGACGUUCCAGGUCUUCUGACCGUUACAGAUCCAAAUCCAGGUCAGUGGAAAAGAGACUGUCUUCUCGGAGGUCCGGCCGCAGACGUUCCAGGUCUUCUGACCAUUACAGAUCCAAAUCCAGGUCAGUGGAAAAGAGACUGUCCUCUCGAAGGUCUGGGCGCAGACGUUCCAGGUCUUCUGACCGCUACAGAUCUAAGUCCAGGUCAGCAGAAAAGCAGCUGUCCUCCCGAAGGUCUGGGCGCAGACGUUCCAGGUCUUCUGACCGCUAUAGGUCUAAAUCUCGGUCAGUGGAAAAGAGGGGAAGCAGAUUGUCAUCUUGGAGAUCUCGCCGCAGACGCUCCAGGUCCUCUGACCGUUCUAAAUCCAGAUCUAGGUCUUCAGAAAAGAGAGGAGGCAAAGAGUACUCGUGGAGGUUCAGAAAUAGAGGAUCUGGUUCUUCUGAUCGUUCAAAAUCUAGAUCAAGAUCUGUUGAGAAGAGAGGUCGGAAGGCAUCUGUACGGAGGUCUAAACGUCAGCGCUCCAAGUCCUCUGACCGUUACAAGUCUAAGUCCAGAUCAGUAGAAAAAAGAGACCGAAAGCAGUCAUCACGGAAGUCUAAACGUCAGCGCUCAAAGUCCUCUGAUGGCUACAAGUCACGAUCCAAAUCAGUGGAAAAGAAGAAGGAGUCCUCACGAAAAUCUAAGCGUCGCCGCUCAAAAUCUUCUGAACAAUACAAAUCAAGAUCUAGAUCUGUUGAAAAAAAGCGUAAAGAAUCUUCAAAAAAAUCCAAACGGAAACGAUCCAAGUCCUCUGAUAGCAUUAAGUCAAGGUCUAAAUCCAUAGAAAAAAUUGAGAGUACGUUAUCUUCAGAAAAGGGCAGUGGCAAGCAUGUGAAGUCUUCUGAACUUCAGGAAUCAAGCAAAUGUCUUGAAAAAGCAGAAGUUUCUGGAACUUCUUUUGUAAGUGAAGGCAGCUCUUCCAAAUCCUCUAAUGGUCCCAUGUCAGUAUCUCUAUCUGAUGAUAGAAUAAAUGGCCCAGAGCUGCCACCAGCCUCUGAAAGUAAUCUUGAAAAAACACCAGGUCUGCAGCCUUCUGUGAUAGCUGAAUUUGAUAGUUCCAAAUCUCCAGAUGACCAAGAAUCCACACCUGCAGAAAAAACACAGGUUUCAGAGCCUUCUAUGAUGUCUGACAAUGCAUCAGCUGAAAAAACAGAGUCUUCAGCUCUGCCUGAGCUUACGUACUCCACAUCCAAGUCAAGAUCCUCAUCUGUUGAAAAAGGAGAAGCAGAAACUUCAUUAAGAACAGAACUUCAGCUCACCAUAUCCCAUGAAGAUGAGUCAAGAUCUACUUCUCUCAAAGAAGUAGAGGGUCCAGAGCCUCCUCUCAAGAUUGAAAGUGGAUCCUCUGUAUCUUUGGAUAAUGAGAAUAUUUCCUCCUCUGGAAAAAUGGGGUCAUCUCUCAUAUCUGAAAGCACACUGUCUGACUUGUCUGAUGGUCGUGAAUUGAGACAUAUGCCUGCUGAAACAACAGAACUUCAGAAGUUUUUGCAAGUACCUGAAAGUGAAUCUUCCAAACUGGCCGAUGGCCUGGAGUCAAGAUCACUGUCUUUUGGAACAGAAGAGGUUCAAAAACCUCUGGCACCUGAAGUUACAUACUCUCUGUUCUCUGAUGACUGUGAGUCAGCCUCCUUGCCUAUUGAAACAGGCCAGAUGCAGGAGCCUUCUUUGUCUUCUGACAGGGGAUGCUUCAGGUCUCCUGAUGGACAUGAAUUAGGUUCCAGCUUUGCUGCACAAACAGAGAAACUUCCACUGCUCUCUGAAGAUGAGUCAUUCAAAUCACCUGAUGGAAAUGAACAAAGAUCUUUAUUUGUUGAAAAGGUCAAGGCUUCAGAUGCUUCCCUGACAUAUGGAUGUGCUCCUGUUGAGAUCUCAGAUGACAUCAUUUCACCAUCAUCUGAAAAAAUGCAGGAAGUUGUACCAACAACUGCAGAACAAAGCUGCAAGUCUUGUGAAGUUCAUGAAUCUAGCUCAUGUGUUGACAAAGAUUUAGAUGGUCCAAAACUUUCACAAGCAUUUGGAAUUGUCUGCUCUGAAUCUUCUGAAAUGCAUGUAUCUGGAUGCCUGCUUGCUGGAAAAACGGAAGACACAGGAUCUGUCUUGUCUGUGAGUGGAAUUCCAGUGUUUAAUGAUAGCCAUAAUUCACAUAAUUACUUUGAGAAUACAGAAAGUGCAGAACUGUCAUUAGCAUCUGCACAUGGAUGUUCUGUCUUCCCUGAAGGCUAUAAAGUGGCAUACACCACAGCUGAAAAACUGGAGAUACAGAAGCCUUCUCUCACAGUAGAAAGUGAGCUCCCUAAGUCUAAUGAUAUUUGUGAAUCAGUAAGUACAUCUGCUGAAAAACAACAGACACCAUUAACUUCUGUGACUUCUGAAGGCGAGCUUUUCUUGUUGCCUGCAAGUGAAGAAUGUAGACCUAUCCCUGAUGCAGAAGUAGAGGUGCAAGAGACACCUGAACUGAAGUGCAUUGCAUCCCUAGAUGGCCACAAGUUGAGAUCUGCCUAUGAUGAAGAAAUUGAAGUGCAGGAGCCACCUGUAUUAGUGGAAAGCAGAUGUUCUGUUUCUUCUGAUGCUUGUGAGUUGACAUCCACUGCUUUUGAAAAAGUUGAUGUAGAGGAGCCUUCUCAAAUACCUGAAAAUGAAUACACAGUAGUGCUUGAUGGCCCAGAGUUGACAUCAGCUCCCACUGAAAAAACAGAGAUGCAGGAGCUUUAUCAAAUGUCCCAAGAAAGACAUUCAGUGUCUGUUGAGAGCCAGGAGUUGGGGUCACCUUCUGUUGAAAAAACAGAAGUGCAAGAGCCUGCUGUGAUGUCUGAAAAUGAGUAUGGUGUAUCUUGGGAGAUAAAUGAGUUGAGAUCUAGCUCUCCUGAAAAGGCAGUGAUGCAGGAGGCAUCUGUAGUACCUGACAAUGAAUAUGCUGUGUCAUCUGAAGAUAAUGAAUUGUUGCCUUCCAUUGCUGAAAAAGCAGAGGCACAGGAGUGCUCUCUGCAGUCUGAAAAUGAAUAUGCCGUGUCUCCUGAAGGCCAAGAAAUGACAGCUGAAAAAGAGUUGCAGCAGCCUUCUCUGGUACCUGACAGUGCAUAUACUGUUUUCUCUGAAGGCCAAAGAUUACAGUCUACCUAUGUUGAGAACACAGUGGAGCAGGAGCCGUCACUAGUACCAGAUAGUCAGUAUGUCACAUCCUCUGAAGAGCAGGAGUUGCACUCUACUAUUACAGAAAAAACAGAGGUGCAGGAGUGUUCUUUACUGUCCGAAAAUGAGUAUGAUGUAUCCCUUGAAGGCCAUGAUUUGAGAUCCAGUCCUCUUGAAAAAGGAGAAACGGAGGAACCUUCAGAACCAUCUGAAAGUGAAAGUUCAAUGUCCACUGAUAGUCAGGAGUUGCAGUCUACUGUUAUUGGAAGAACAGAGGUGCAGGAGUUGUCUUUAAUGUCUGAAGGUGAGUGUGCCAUGUCACCUGAAGAGCAGGACCUGCAGACUAGCUGUGCUGAAAAUGUAGAGGCUAAGGAACCUUGUCUGACAUCUGAAAACGAAGGUGCUCUGUCCCAUGAAUAUGAACCAAAAUUGACUCAAGCUGAGAGAGCUGGGGAUACGGAUGCUUUGACAUGUGAAAAUGAUCUUUUAUCUUUCAAGAGCCAGGAGAUAAGCUUCACCACUAUUCAAAAUGUAGAUGUGCAGGAGCUUUCCCCAAGACCUGAAAAUGAACAUACAGCAUCCUUUGAUGGCCAGGAGAUGAGAUUCCCUGCUGCUGGAAAAGUAGGUGGUCUAGAAUCUUCGACUUUAAAUGAAAGAGCUUCCAUGUCCCAUGAUGAUUUGAAAUCCAUCCCUGUUGAAAAAAUGGAUGAUGCAAUGCCUUCUUUAAUGCCUGAAAGUGGAUGUUCCAUGUCUCCUGAUGGUUACAGUGUGAAAUCUUGCCCUGGUGAAGAAACAGGGGAUCUAGAGCCGCCUUUGAUAUCUGAACGUAGACAUUCCAUAUCCUCCUAUCAGGAAGGUCAUGAGCUGAAAUCUCCUGUGGAGGAAGAGGGUCUAGAGUCCUUGAAUUCUGAUCAUAGACGAUCUGUGUCCCCUGAGGGCCAUGACCAGAAAUCUACUGUAGAUGAAGAAAUAGAUGAUAAGGAGCCAUCUUUGACAUCUGAGCACAGGUGCUCCACAUCCCCUGAUGAGCAUGAGUCAAGAUCUAGCAUUGAAGAAGCAGAGUAUCUGGAGCAGCCUUUGACAACAGAACGUAGAUGCUCUGUAUCUUCUGAUGAGCAUGAGUCAAGGUCUACCACUGGGGAAGAGGUAGAGGAUGCAGAACCCUCCUUGACAGCUGGACGAAGAGACUCCAUAUCAUCUGAUGAGCAUGAGUCAAGGUCUACUACUGGUGAAGAUAUAGAAGAUGGGGAACCCUCUUUGACAGCUGAACGCAGACACUCCACCUCCUCUGAUGACCAUGAGUCAAGGUCUACAACAGGUGAAGAAACAGAGGAUUUGGAACCUUUGACAGCUGAUCAUAGACGGUCUGUGUCUCCCGAUGGAUGUGAGUCAAGAUCAACCACUGGUGAAGAAGCAGAGGACCAGGAGCUCUCUUUGACAGCUGAACGUAGACACUCUACAUCGUCAGAAGAACAUGAGUCAAGGUCUACCAUUGGUGAAGAUGUGGAGGAUAUGGAACCCUCUUCGACAGCUGAACGAAGGGAUUCCACAUCAUCAGAUGAGCGUGAGUCACAGUCUACUACUGGUGAGGAAGCAGAGGAUAUGGAACCCCCUCUGACAACUGAACAUAGACGUUCCACAUCCCCUGAUGGUCGUGAAUCAAGGUCUACCACUGGUGAAGAAGUAGAUGAUGGGGAGCCCUCCUUAGCAGCUGAACGAAGAGACUCCACAUCAUCAGAUGAGCAUGAGUCAAGGUCUACCACUGGUGAAGAGGGUGAGGAUGUGGAGCCCUCAUUGGCAGAUGAAGAUAAACAGGAUUCCAUGCCUACUGAGAGGCUGGAGGAACAGGACUCUUCCUUUAUACCUGAAAGCAGGCAUUCUGAGUCUUCCGAGCGUGAAAAGUCUAGAUCCAAAUCUGUUGAUCAAACAUCUGACAAAGAGUCUUCACAAAGAUCUGUAAGCAGACACUCAAAAUCUCCUACUGGCCAAAAAAGUCGAUCCACAUCUGUAGAAAAAGCAGCAGACAGAGAGUCUUCACAGAGGUCUAGACGUAGACGUUCCAGGUCUGCUGCUCGCCAGAAGAGUAGAUCCACAUCUGUUGAAAAAACAACAGAGAGAGAAUCUUCACGGAGGUCUAGGCAUAGACGCUCCCGGUCCAUUGCUCACCAAAGGAGUCGAUCAACAUCUGUUGAAAAAGCAACUGACAAAGAGUCUUCACGGAGGUCUAGACGUAGACGUUCCAGGUCCACUGCUCGCCAAAGGAGUCAAUCCAAAUCUGUUGAAAAAACAGCAGACAAAGAAUCUUCACGUAGGUCUAGAAGCAGACGCUCCAGGUCUUCUCAGCGCAGAUCCCAGAGAUAUGAUACAGAAUCUCACUCUAGACGGAAUCGUUCUAGAUCAGUAACACGGAGAAGAGCAUCAAGAUCAAGAUCUAAUCGUCGCUCUCGGUCUAGCUCGUUGUCACGUUCUAGGCACAGAAGGAGGAGUAGGUCAAGGUCAGCAUCAAGAAGGCGACGUUCUUUGUCAAGAGACAGGCGUAAAAGAUCUCAGAGAAAUAGAUCAAGAUCUACUGACAGAAGAAGAAGAAGAUCAGAUUCCAGAGAUCGUAGAAUAUCACUCAGAUUACGGAGCAGGAGUCGAUCGCCUAUUCGUCAAAGGCGAUCCAGAUCAAGAGGAAGAAGACGGAGCUCUAGUCGGUCACCAAUUCGACUACGGCGAUCAAGAUCUUCAGGGAGAAGAAGAUACAGCAGAUCACCUGAUCGUCGCAGGUCAAGGUCAUCAGAGCGAUUUUCAAGCAGGUCACCUAAACGUCUUACAGACUUGGACAAGGCCCAGCUACUUGAAAUAGCCAAAGCAAACGCAGCUGCUAUGUGUGCUAAGUCUGGCGUUCCCUUACCGCCAAGCCUGAUGCCUUUGUUAUCUCAAAAGAAGGACGAGAAAGCAACUCAGAAGUCAUCAAGAGAUACAUUGAAAGAGCUCACUGAGAAAUGCAAGAAGAUUGCUCAGAGCACAGACGAUGUGAUAGUGAACAAACCUCAUGUUUCUGAUGAAGAGGAGGAAGAACGUCCUUUCUAUAAUCAUCCUUUUAAGCUCAGUGAACCCAAACCUAUCUUUUUUAAUUUAACGACUCCUAGCAUAAAACCAGCACCACCACCACAACCAAAAAAUCAGGUCAGCCUGUCAAAGGAAUUCCCUGUUUCAUCUGGGUCUCAACACAGGAAAAAAGAAGCGGAUAGUGUGUAUGGAGAAUGGGUUCCAGUUGAAAAAGGCAAAGAAGAAAGCAAGGAUGAUGUUUUCCCCAAACCAUCCAUUGAGGGCGUGGACAUAACUACAGCUAUGAACGAUCGAGCACUGGCUCAGAAAAGGCUCAAUGAAAACACAUUUGAUUUAGAGGCCAUGUGCAUGUUAAACCGUGCACAGGAACAGAUUGAUGCCUGGGCUCAAUCAAACUCCAUACCUGGCCAGUUCACAGGAAGUACUGGAGCACAGAUACUGUCCUCAGAUGAGCUGACCAACAGUGGUCCCCAAGCAUGGAUUAGAAAGGAUCAGUUCUUAAGAGCAGCCCCUGUAACUGGAGGAAUGGGAGCUCAACUGAUGAGAAAAAUGGGCUGGAGAGAAGGAGAAGGGCUUGGAAAAAACAAGGAAGGCAGUGUUGAGCCUAUUAUGGUUGAUUUUAAGACAGAUCGAAAAGGGCUUGUUGCUGUGGGAGAGAAGGCACAAAAGAGAUCUGGACAUUAUGUUGUGAUGAAGGAUCUUUCAGGUAAACAUCCGGUUUCUGCACUGAUGGAGAUCUGUAACAAAAGAAGAUGGUCACCACCCGAAUUUGUGUUAGUGGAUGAUAGUGGGCCUGAUCAUCGCAAACAUUUUAUCUUUAAGGUGAGAGUCAAUGGAAAUGAAUAUAGGCCUACUUUUGCCAGCCUUAAUAAGAAGCAUGCUAAAGCCACAGCAGCAACUGCGGCUCUCCAAGCGAUGGGACUUGUACCAAAGGAAAGCAUGGUUAAUACCACCAUGUUUAGGAGUGCCUCACACCGCUAGAUAUUGUUUUUUAUAUUGACAUUAUUUCAGAAAAUUAUACUCUGCACAAAAAAUGGUAUUUGCCCUUUCGUGUUUGUAAAUACAUUGGCAAUUCCCACAUUGUAAAAACUGUACAGACACCUUCAGGUUUUUCUUUUGUACCAUCAAAAUGUAUUUAAAUCAUACUUAGUUUUUGGUAUGUUUAUAUUGUUUACAUUAGUGAUGUAAUUAUUUCUUAAAUGACUAAAUCAGACGACAGACUCUGGAGGCAUCAGUAAUCUAAACAAACCCUUGUUUAAAAGCCCAUGCAAUUCCUCUUCAGUACGGAAUGUUAACACUUUCAUACUGUUUUAUACUAUGCUGCAGUUUUUCCUGGUCUCGGUAAAGCUGCGUGUGGGCUUUUGCCAACAGAUGGUAAAAGGUCACUGGGCUUAACCUUAGUCUAGUCGAGGCUGGCGUGUACUGCUGGACAGAUACUGGGCCAGUACUGUGACCCCCGUGAGAAGGCGCACGGUGGUGGCCCUGUUGUACAGUGUUAACACUGCGACUUCUCUUGGAGUUCUGUCUGGGGGGUUAGCUCGGUGGUGCACUGCGACUGGCCACACAGCCCAUGCUCUAGGACACACCUGAUUAGGCAAAAGACUUGCUCUCAAAGGGAUGGCAGAAAGUCCAGCAAUGGAACCGAUGUGACUUGCAAUGUAAAAGUGACUCUCCCUGCAUGUUCUGAGAAGGGAGAUGAUGGAGUUGUCUAUUCCAAACCAAGUAACACACUGCCUGAUGUUGAUUGUAUGAAUUUGUGGUUAAUGUGAAUUUUAAACUCUAACAAAUCUACAACUGGAUUUGGGGGGGAGGGAAGGGAUAGAAUGAUGCUUAAAUUGUUGUACCCAACUUGGUCAAUAAAGCAGCACAAGUUCAUAAUCUUAAUCACUGGUCAGUAAGCAGUAAUUAAAACGUAUGCCAGGAUGGCUUCUUGAAGAAACGCACAGUAUAAAAGCACGCUUCAUCAGGAUUAUCAACAGCUAUUAUAGUUGCAGAAUCAGUUCUAGACAUUUUUGGUUGCUUUUAACUGUUACCAAAUUAACUCCUUGGGCUUCAAUUUUCCCUAAGGGUAUUCUGCCCUCAAGGAGACAGCCUGAUUCAGAAUUUUGGCAGUUUGACUAGGGAGAGGAUGUAGAAAGCUUUUCCUACUUUCCCCCCAACCCCCUUUUUAAUUUAAGGAGUAUUAGUUCUUUAGCUGUGUGCACUUUGAUUUGGAAAAGGUGUUGUGCACCUCUUGCCAGUUUUGUAUUGAGUUAUGAGCACAUGGCCAGGAUUGUAUAGAUUGAAGUAGUUCAGGAGUUUGCUUCAGAAAAGUCUUUAGAGGUCUCUCCAAAUUACAUCUGCUGACCAGAGCUUCAUCUGGUAAGGAACAAAAUACAGUUUGUAUGCAGUAAAAGGCUGUGCUCAGGCCUACAUCAGAUGACCUCUGCAAUGGUAGUAGGAAUGCAGAGGUGAGGAAUUGCUAGUACCUCUUCUUCCACAAAGUAAGGCGAUUUGUGUAUAUUCUGUCAACUGUUAAUGCAACAAGAUGCCCUUCUUUGCCCUUAAGGGACAGGGAUCAAUGUCUCUCAUUGUGUAUAGCAGAGAAAUGGUAUUUUGUUCUCCAGCACACACUUCCAAGAAACAAAACCCUUUAUUAGGCUGUCAAAGAGUUCUAGAAAUGCUUAAUUUUCAUGGACGUAGUUUUCCUUAAUUAAACUUUUUUCCCCUUUGGCUUCUUGCUUUCAGUCUCUGACUAAGUAUUUGAAGUUCUCCUUGCUUUGUUUGCUGAGCAUUUGGAAUAUGUAUGAAAACCAAAAGUAAUUAUGAUGGUACAGCAAUGGAAAGAUGUCUGGGAGAAAUGGGUGUUGUAUCUGUCUUAGCUAAAUAUGUCUUUAGGAUGUGCAACUUAGGAGUAAUUAACUUGGGAUGCAGGAGCAACACUUAAUCAGACUUCUGUUUAAAUGUCUGGUUUGGUAGAGCUAAAGCAUCAGAGAUGUUGAUCAUUUUAUUUAGUCAAUGGUGUCCACUGGUUUUACAGCUGUGCAGUAGAGGAUCUAGGAACAUUCACUCUCUUGUACUUAUUACUUUGUUCUCUUCUUGAUCUAUAUUCCCCAUGUAUAAUGUAAAGAUUCAUGUUACCUUUUUUUGCAGCAAGAGGCAGUUCUGUUAAAAUUCCAUUUUAAAAAUAACUGUUUAGGCAAAUUCUGGAUUUCAUGCCUUAAAGAUGUGGUACUGUGGAUUUAACUUCUGGUCUAAAGGAAGACAUGGAAAAAGAAAACAGUUAAGGUCUGUAAUGCCUAAAUUACAACAGUUCUUGAUUUGGGGGGUUUCUGUUUUAGUUUCAUUCCUUGUUCUUUAGAAUGAUACUUGAGUCUAAAGCUAGUGUAGCAAUGUGCUUCUGUUAAAAAUUGUAAAUUUGAAUUGGUUUGAGUGUCCUUUGCAUGCAGGAAUAGAUAAGUAGUGAUUUAUUAAAAAGAACAACUAGGAAACA